AUGGCUCGAAACGACGAUUCCCGAUCUCGGUCGCCGUCUCGCCGUCGACGAUUCUCUCGCUCGCCGGUGACUCACCGUAGCAGCCGUCGUAGCAGGCGCGACCGAAGCCGCUCACCGUAUUCAUCAAGGCACAGGAAGAGUAGAUCUCCUACACCGAGGCAGCACCAAAGGGAUAGAAGAAGUAGUUCAUUGUCUCCUUCAGCCGCCGACCAUAAAAUUGCCAUUGAAUUGAAGAAAGAACAGGAAGACAAGGCAAGAUUGCAGCAUGAGGCUGAGCUCAAACGACUAGAAGAAGAGACUGCAUGGCGGAUCGAGGAAGCAGUGAGGAAAAAUGUGGAGGAAAAGAUGAAAACCGAAGAAGUUAAAGCAGAAAUAGAAAGGCGGACAAAGGAAGCCUACGAAAAGAUGUAUCUUGACGUGGAAAUACAGCUGAAGAAAGAAAAGGAGUCUGCUCUAAACGAGGCAAGAAGAAAGGAAGAACAAGCUCGGAGAGAAAGAGAAGAGCUGGAUAAGAUGUUAGAAGAAAAUAGCAGGAGGGUUGAAGAAUCACAGAGGAGAGAAGCACUGGAACUUCAACGUAAAGAAGAGGAAAGGUAUAGAGAAUUGGAGCUAAUCCAGAGACAGAAAGAGGAAGCUGCGAGGAGAAAAAAACUGGAAGAAGAAGAAGAGAUUAGAAAUUCAAGCAAGUUAUCGAAUGGAAACAGAUCACGAUCCAAGUUGCAUUUCGGCAUGGGUUUAUAA